AUGGAUCCCAGAUGCCCCAACGCCCCACCCCCCACACACAUGCAAAUGCCUCAACCCACCCAACAAUACAAUCUACAGUUAACAGUCACAUACAGUCUCAUCCAAAGCCACACACACGCACAGACACGCAUAAACACACACACACUCGCACAUAUGCAUGCUAAGAUAGUAGACAUGGGGCUGAGUACAGAUAACCCAGUUGAGAAAGCGCCAUCAGAGGAGCCGUCAACAUCAGGAGCAGAGAGCCGCCCACAGUUACAGGACACCAACACCGGGCCAGAGGAGAGAUGUGGCAGACACCAACCUCCACCAGGAACCCUGUGA